AUGAAUAUGGGAGGUCCUUCUACAGUGUCUGAAACUCACGACUUUCUUUUCAGGCUCUUUUCAGAUGGAGACUUAAUUCCGUUUGGACCUUUCCAAAAUAUCCUUGCCAAAUGGAUUGCCAGAAGAAGAACACCCAAGAUCGAGGAGCAUUAUAAAGAGAUUGGUGGAGGUUCUCCUAUUCGUUACUGGUCCGAAUUCCAGUGCAAGAGAGUGUGUGAGAUUCUAGACAAAUCGAAUCCAGAAACAGCUCCUCAUAAACCAUACGUAGCUUUCAGAUAUGCAAAACCAUUGACGGAAGAUACGCUCCAACAGAUGUUGGAUGACGGGGUUAAGCGUGCUGUGGCCUUCUCCCAGUAUCCCCAGUUCUCAUACUCUACGACUGGCUCUUCUAUCAACGAAUUGUAUAGACAAACAUUGCAACUCGAUCCAGACCGUAGGAUCAACUGGUCUGUAAUCGACAGAUGGCCCAAGGAUAAAGGUUUAGUUUCAGCCUUUUGUACUCACAUCAACGACAAACUCACUGAGUUCCCUGCCGAAGACAGAGACAAAAUUGUUUUGUUGUUUUCGGCUCAUUCAUUGCCAAUGGAGAUCGUCAACAAGGGUGAUUCGUAUCCUGCUGAGGUGGCGGCCACAGUCUACGCCAUCAUGGAAAAGUUGAAAUUCCUGUUGCCCUACAGAUUGGUAUGGCAAUCACAAGUUGGACCCAAGCCUUGGUUGGGUGGGCAAACUGCUAAGAUCACAGGAAAGCUCGAUCUCAGAGACGAUAUCAAAGGCAUCAUCUUAGUUCCUGUAGCGUUCACUUCUGACCACAUUGAAACGCUCCAUGAGUUGGAUAUCGAGUUGGUGGAAGAUCUCAAGAAUCCAGAAAAGGUUAAAAGAGCCGCUUCAUUGAACGGAAGUGAGAUAUUUAUUGAAGGUUUGGCUGAUUUGGUCAAGAAUCACUUGCAGUCGGGUAAAUUGUACUCCACACAAUUGGAAUUGGAUUGUAAGUUAGGUGGAGAAACCGCGAAGAAUACUUUCAAGCAUCCCAGCGAGUUAUUUGGAGACCACUCGAAAUCCCUGUAA